CAUUAUACCCCCCCCCCACACGGCCCAGUAACAGUUGCUCCUUUUUUGCCCCCUCCCUCUCUUUCUCUCUCUAAAAAAAAUUCUCUCUCUCUCUCAAAACUCUCUGACGAGACCGUUUCGAAAAAUUUCCAUCUUGUUCGGUUCUGUAUUUUCCUUCAACGCAAUCUACCCUUCGAAUUGUUCCAAAUCGUUGCUAGAUUUUCGAUCAUAAAUCUAUAGGCCGUUCGCGACUUGAAUUUCUCAGCACAAAAAUCACGUGACUAAUUGUUCAAUCUUCAAUGAUAAACUGCGCACUUUGUUCAUAUUGAUGCGUAUAUUCACGUAAAGGGUUUUUUGAGAUGGUUACCGGGACCGGGAAGAUGGAUAUGUUGUCUGGUGUGAAUUUACGGUCAGACCUAGAUGAUGGCGUUAUGAGAAGAAUGAAUGGCAAUUUAGAAGAGAGUUUGGAGAGUGAGCUUGAAUCAAUGCUAAGGGAGCGGUUUAAUAGAAAUGUUGUUGAUCGAGAGAGGGAUCUGGAUAUUUACAGGAGUGGUAGUGCUCCGCCUACGGUGGAGGGGUCAUUGACUGCUGUGGGCAGUUUGUUCAGGAACCCAAAUUUUGCUCAGAUUGGUGAAGAGAGUAGCAAUAUAAAUGGGAAUUUAUCUGAAGAUGAGAUUCGGUCGCAUCCUGCUUAUCUAUCUUAUUACUAUUCGAAUGUCAAUCUCAAUCCGAGACUACCUCCACCUCUACUGUCAAAAGAAGAUUGGCGGGUUGCUGAAAGGUUUCGAACUGGGGGUUCAUCAUUUGGUGGAAUUGGGGACUGGAAGAAGAAGAAACCGGUUGAUGAUGUUGAUAGUUCAUCUUUGUUCUCAAUGCAGCCUGGGUUAUCUGUACAGAAAGCGGAGGAUGAGCUGAUGGAAUUGAGGAAGAUUAAUGCGACGAAUGUCUCACGGCAAACCUCCGUUGAGUGGCUAAACAGAGGCUCUGAUGGUUUGAGUGGUCUCUCAGGUGCUGGUCUGGGUAUGAGGAGGAAGAGUUUUGCGGAUAUUCUUCAGGAAGGACUGGACCAGCAUGCUUCCUUAUCAGGUCAUCUCUCACGGCCCACAAGUCGUAAUGCUUUUGGUGAUAUGGUAGAUACAACAGGCAUGUCUAAUCCUCAUCCAGCAGAAUAUUGUAACGGUGUGGAAUCCAGAGAUGCCUUGCAUAGUGGAGCAACUGCCAAUGGCAUGUCUAGAGUUCAGAGCCUUGGUUCUGUAGUUUAUAAUUCUUAUGCAUCUUCUGUGGGUCAAUCACUGUCCAGGAGUAGGACCCCUGAGCCUCAGCUGGUUGGGAGGUCUCCCAGUCCUGGUCUUCCUCCCGUGGGUAGCAGAAUUUGCCCUAUUGAGAAGAAGAAUAUUGCUGGAUCGAAUUCAUUUAAUGGUAUUUCUUCGAGCAUGACUGAGGUUGCUGAUAUGGCAGCUUCUUUGUCUGGUUUAAACCUGUCAAAAAAUCGACGUGGCAAUGAAAAUGUACAGUCUCAGCUCCCAAUGGAAUUUGAUAAACAGCCUAAUCACUUGUUUGAUAUAUCAAAUGGUCACAAGCAUAGUCUUCAGCAUCAACUUAUUGGAAAUCCCAUAGCUGAAAAGCAGGCUAAUUCUUCCACUCAUGUUGACUUUCCGAGGAAAAAUGGACUUGUUAGUUUGGAUGGGCAAACGAACUUUCCAAAGAGAACUACAUCAUCAACCAAUCCUUACUCAAAAACGAAUUCUUCAGGAUUUGCAGGUUUAGAAGGAUCUAACGUCCAUUAUCAAACUAACAAAAUCCCUAGUAUGGACUUUUCUGGCCAUGUGCCUGGUGAAUAUUCAGUUAGUCAGAAGCUGAAAGCAGCUAUGAAUAAUCAUCUUGAUACAAUUACAGGAUCAACUUUGACUGGUGCUGGAAAUGGGCAAAGUUUGAGUAGGAGUGGGAAUCAAAUUAUGGAUCCACGUUAUACUCAGUACUUGCAGAUAACUCCUGAUUAUGCAAUGCAUGCUGCGGCUCCCUCAGCUGAUCCUUCUCAAGGAAGGAACUACUUGGGUACAUCUCGUGGAGAUUUGCAAGGGAUGCAGAAGGCAUACCUUGAGUCAAUGCUUGCUCAACAUAAGCAGUAUGAGUUGCCACGUUCAGGUAAAUCUGGUGUUUUAAAUAACGGGAUCUAUGGGAAUCCAGAAUUUGGUCUUGCAAUGACAUAUCCAGGAAACCCUAUGGCAAAUUCUGCACUUCCCUCUGUUGGAUCCGGUGGUCCUAUGUUUCAGAAUGAGCGGAUCUCACAUUUUAAUUCAAUGUUGAGAAGUCCAAUGGGAGGAUCUUCUAAGACAUGGCAUUCAGAUUUUGGUGCUAAUGUGGAAGAAAGUUUUUCGGCAUCUUUAUUAGAAGAGCUGAAGAACAAUAAAACCAGGUCUUUUGAACUUCCUGACAUUGUUGAUCAUGUAGUUGAAUUCAGUACGGAUCAGUAUGGGAGUCGCUUUAUUCAGCAGAAACUAGAAACUGCCACAGCGGAAGAGAAGACCAAGAUAUUCCCAGAGAUUGUGCCACAUGCUCAUGCCUUGAUGACUGACGUCUUUGGAAAUUAUGUCAUACAAAAAUUUUUCGAGCAUGGUACAGUAACUCAAAGAAAAGAGUUAUCCAGCCAGCUUAUUGGUCAUGUUUUGCCUCUCAGUCUUCAAAUGUAUGGUUGCAGAGUAAUUCAGAAGGCCUUGGAGGUGGUUGAUGUGGAUCAGCAGACUCAGAUGGUGGCCGAGCUUGAUGGUUCAAUCAUGAAAUGUGUCCGUGAUCAGAAUGGUAAUCAUGUCAUCCAGAAGUGUAUAGAAUGUGUCCCUCAAGACCGAAUUCAAUUUAUAAUCUCAUCCUUCUUUGGGCAAGUUGUGUCACUUUCCACCCAUCCUUACGGCUGUCGUGUUAUUCAGAGGGUUCUUGAACAUUGCGAUGAUCCGAAUACACAACAAAUUAUCAUGGAUGAAAUUAUGCAGUCUGUUUGUACUUUGGCACAGGACCAAUAUGGGAAUUAUGUUAUUCAGCAUGUCCUGCAGCAUGGUAAACCACACGAAAGGACAGCUAUUAUUAGCAAGCUUGCUGGACAAAUAGUAAAAAUGAGCCGGCAGAAGUUUGCUUCUAAUGUGGUUGAGAAGUGCUUAACUUUUGGUGGUCCUGAAGAGCGUCAACUUCUGGUGAAUGAAAUGCUUGGUUCCACAGACGAAAAUGAGCCCUUACAGGCCAUGAUGAAAGAUCCGUUUGGAAACUACGUUGUGCAGAAAGUAAUCGAGACCUGUGAUGAUCAGAGCCGUGAUUUAAUUCUGUCUCGUAUCAAGGUUCACUUGAAUGCCUUGAAGAGGUAUACUUAUGGUAAACAUAUCGUUUCUCGUGUUGAAAAGCUCAUCACAGCAGGCGAAAGGCGCAUUGGGCUAACAUCUUCAUAUUCUGCUUGAGGUAUUCUAACGUGGCAUGAAAGAAGACACUUCUCUGUACAGCUAACAUGGAUGAUACGUUAGUAAUUGAUCGCUCGAGUGAGAAUUUUCUAGAGAGCUUUAUAGAGUUGUAAAUAAGCACAAAAAUUUAACAAGCCUGCUGGAAUAAUAACUUCCUUGUCUAGUUCCUCUGUAUAUUUUGGCUCGCAGUUUGUAAUUUGAUGUUGGAGCGCGAUAGGAAUCAAUGUUAGAGAGGGAGAGAGCGGGAGCAAGUUUUAGAUGCCUAGCCUUUCUGGGAUUUUACAUGUAUAUUGUUUUACAAUUUGUGAAGAGAAUCUGAUGAGUGUAAAUGGUCAAUUACUGCUGUAAGGGAAAGGUGGUAGGGUGCAUGUUAGGGGGAGCCCAUGACACAUUGAGAACCCAAUUUAUAUGUAAAUAUUCUUAAUUUUCUUCAGGAGAUAUAAUGUGUUGGACUCUCUUUGCUGUUA